AUGUGGUUUAACUAUUUGAGGGAACCGACUCCCACGGAUCUUUUGACCUCUCCGGAGGCAUUUAGAUACUUUGAGUACGGGAUGUUCUGUAUGGGAUGGCAUACUCCCGCAAAGUUCAAGGCAAUUUACUAUAUUUUUGCCACUCUUAUUAUUGCCUGGUGUGUUGUCUACUUGCCCAUUGGAAUCAUCAUAAGUUUCAUAAAGGAUCUGAACACCUUUACCCCAAGCGAACUCUUGACAGUUUUGCAGCUAUUCUUCAACUCAGUGGGAAUGCCUUUCAAAGUGCUAUUCUUCAAUGUUUAUAUUUCGAGAUUUUACAAGGCCAAGAAGAUAUUGAGCGAAAUGGACAGACGUUGUAAUACUUUGCAUGAACGAAUCGAAGUGCAUCGAUGGGUGGUGCGUUGUAAUAUGGCCUAUCUCAUCUACCAGAUGAUCUACGCCGCCUACACCAUUUCCACUUUUCUUUCGUCCGCUUUGAGUGGAAAGUUGCCCUGGCGUAUCUACAAUCCAUAUGUGGAUUGGCGAGAGAGUAGGUCGAGUUUUUGGAAGGCUGCUUUGAACGAAACGGCACUUAUGUUGUGUAGUGUAACCCAAACCCUGAUGAGCGAUAUAUAUCUGCUCUAUGGUUUGAUCCUUAGAGCUCACAUCAAACUUUUGCAACUGCGGGUGGAGAAACUCUGCACAGAUCCUGAAAAAAGCGAUAUCGAAAAUCAAGAGGAUUUGAUUAACUGCAUCAAGGAUCACAAGCUUAUUAAGGAAUAUGCUGAAAUGAUACGACCUGCGAUUGCCCGCACAAUCUUCAUUCAGUUUCUUUUGAUUGGCAUUUGCCUUGGUUUGUCCAUGAUUAAUCUGCUUUUCUUCGCCGACAUUUGGACGGGUUUGGCCACCGUGGCCUAUAUCAAUGGUCUGAUGGUCCAGACAUUCCCCUUUUGCUUUGUGUGUGACCUCAUCAAAGCGGAUUGCGAACGCCUUGAGUUGGCCAUAUUCCAUUCCAACUGGAUGCAUACAAGUCGCAGAUACAAAACAUCUUUAAUCUAUUUCUUGAAGAGCUCCCAAAAAUCAAUUGCUUUUACAGCCGGCUCUAUUUUUCCCAUCUCCACGAGCUCAAAUAUUCAGGUGGCUAAGCUGGCUUUUUCGGUAGUCACAUUUGUAAAUCAACUAAACAUUGCUGACAGAUUGACAAAAACUUAGUUUGCAGCUCAGAAU